UGCACGCCUCUGCGCGCCUCCUCAAUCAUCUCAGUGCGCGUGAUUGAGAGGCAGCAGGCGGCGUGUGAGUACUGCUGACACCACAACACUGGUCUGAACCUCGACUCGUACACAUUGGGGAUACGUUUGGAUUAUUAAACAUUUCUUCUUUCACCACAGGUCCAGAUACGACAGCGUCUGUCCGUGAGAAGGUGCUGGACAGGAGCAGGACGUAAGCGCUGACGGAUUGGUGCAGAAGGGCUCAGCGGGGGGGCAGAGAGGUGAGCGCAUGAGGAGAGGGUGUCCCAAGACCCCCGUCUCCAUACUUCGCGCUCGCACACACACGUUCACGGACACAGCGUGCCUAGCAACCCUCCAGCCGCCAUGAGGUCCAUUCGGUCGUUCGGGAACGAUGACCGUCACGUCAUGGCCAAGCACUCCACCAUCUACCCUUCCUCUGAGGCCCUGGAGGCGGUGCAGAGCCUCGUCUCCACUGUAGAGCGCGCCCUGAAACACGUCUCUGAUUGGAUGGACCAAACUCAAGCCAGCCAAUCAAAUCAAUCAGAUUCAGCCAGCACACAGGAGGAGGAGAAGGAGGCUAGCGUGGACGAACUGCCAGAAGGCAGCACAAACGAGGACAGCAGCUGUAGUAGCACUCCCAGUGAAGGACGGGUGUUGUGUGGAGUGAUUAGGAUCGGUCUUGUGGCCAAAGGCCUCCUGAUUAAAGAUGACAUGGAUCUGGAGCUGGUGCUCAUGUGCCGAGAGAAACCCACCGAGACUCUGCUGAGCACCGUCUGUGACAACCUCCCGCAGCAGAUCGAGAAGUUGACAGAGGAGAAGUAUGAGGUCCAGAGCUCUAUUCCCGUGGCAGCCAUCGUGGUCUGCACUAAGACAGAACCCAAACUCACGCUGAAGGUGACGCUCACCUCGCCGCAGAUGAGAGACGACUGCGAGGCAGAGGAGCAAGAGAGCGUUGAGUCGAGCGAGCCGGCGGACCUGUUGGAUAGACAGAGGUGCCUGGUGGCGUUGGCCUCUCUGCGACAUGCCAAAUGGUUCCAGGCUAGAGUUAACGGGCUAAAGUCGUGCGUGAUUGUCUUACGAAUACUGAGAGACAUGUGCAAUAGAGUCCCGGCGUGGGAACCUCUGAAAGGAUGGCCUUUGGAGUUAAUAUGUGAGAAGGCCAUUGCCACGUGUAACAGACCUCUGGGAGCAGGAGAGGCUCUGCGGAGGGUCAUGGAGUGCCUCGCCUCCGGGAUACUGCUCCCAGGUGGACCAGGCCUGCAUGAUCCCUGUGAGAAGGAGCUGACGAACACCCUGUCAGACAUGACGGAUGAGCAGGCGGAGGCCAUCACGUACAGUGCACAGCAUGCUCUGCGUCUCAUGGCCUUUGGGCAGAUCUAUAAGGUCUUAGAAAUGGACGCUCUCCCCUCAAGUAAACCUUCACAGAAAUUCCCCUGGUCAGAUAAAGAAGGUCUAGGGCUCAAGAGACCUUAUGAAGAUGGUCUACUGGACGACAAAGACCUCAUCAAGAAGAUGAAACGCAACCUGAGAAAAGCAGUUCUUGACAGUAAAGCAAUAGACUCGAAUCAACCCAUGAACGCCCUGAUGCGCUUGAACCAGAUCCGGCCGGGGCUGCAGUAUAAACUGCUGUCUCAGUCAGGUCCGGUUCACGCCCCCGUCUUCACCAUGUCUGUAGACGUCGACGGCACUGUUUACGAAGCCUCUGGCUCCUCUAAGAAAACCGCCAAGCUGCACGUGGCUGUGAAGGUGCUACAGGCGAUGGGUUACCCCACAGGCUUCGACACAGACCUGGACUCCAUGAGUGCAGACGAGAAGUCGGACGGGGAGGGCAAGAACGAAACGUCCACACACUCAAGCAAUAACACACCACACGCUUUAGACAGCUCCAACACGUUGGAGGUGCGAACUCAGGGUCCUAUUUUGACGGCCAGCGGGAAGAACCCGGUCAUGGAGCUGAAUGAGAAACGCCGUGGGCUGAAGUACGAGCUCAUCUCAGAGAGCGGAGGAAGUCACGACAAACGCUUCGUCAUGGAGGUGGAAGUGGACGGGCAGAAGUUUCGUGGUGCGGGGCCCAAUAAGAAAGUAGCCAAAGCCAGCGCAGCCCUCGCGGCUCUAGAAAAACUCUUCUCCGGGCCUAAUGCUGCUGGCAACAAGAAGAAGAAAAUAAUCCCUCAGAGUAAAGGGGCAUUAGCUGCCGCUGCUGCUGUGUCUGCGGUGGCGGUCCAGGCAGCACGAGGGCGAGGAAGACCCACCCUCACACGAGGAGCCUUCAUCAGCGCUGCGGCAGCACCUGGAUACGUCACACCAGGCUUCGGAGCCCCGUACGGGUACAGCGCAGCAGCCGCCACUCCUGCAUACGGUGGUCUUUUCAUUGACAAUCCCUUUUACCAGCCGCGGACCAUCGCUCCUUUUUUUAUUCACUUGGGUCCUCAAGAUCUCUUCUCUGACUUCUAGAACCAUCAGGUUGUGUGGCUCUAAACUGUCGUACCACUCCAGGCUUGACCAGGCUGUCUCCACCACACAGAAACGGCCCAAACGUCAUACGCUCUCAACCCAAACCCAUCCAUAACCAAUCUAAGGAUCCAAAAAUGCACCAAUCUUACAAAAGCAAUACUCUAUUUGACUUUCUCAUCCCCGAAAACUGUCCGGGGACUUCGGUUCCUUCUUAUAUAGCAAUAGACUUGAACUCUUUUGGGCUUUAAGCUUACUUGAGAUGUGAAUGUUCAGUUGAGUUUUACUCAAACUUGGCAUUGCAAUAUAGUCAUUUUCACUGUAUAUUCACCACGUGUGUAUCUGUGGCUAUAUUAUAAAUACAUGCAUAUAUAUGUAUGGUCUAUGGCACUAUAAAUAUAUAUGUGUAGAUAUACGAUGUACUUAUGUAUAUUUAUAUACAGUAUAUAUAUAUAUACACAUAUACAUAUUCUUGGUAUUAAUUAUUUUAGAAUUGGAACGUUAUCUGUAACCAUUAUACUAAGAUGUAACUUUCUUCCAGUUUUAUAUACACAGUAUAUGUAUACGCUAUACAUGUAUAUGCUAAGCAAUUUAAUCUCGUAAUUAUUCUUGUGAACAUGCAAUACGAAAGCCCUUUUCUUAAUCUACCUGUAGUAGAUUAGUAAUGCUUCCUUCUCUCUGACUCAAGCAGCUUCGUCGUGUCUCUUCGUCAGAUCUACGCGACUGCGCACUUGUGUUUUUGCUCAGUCGACCAAAGUCUGGCGUUCUGGUUGGGUUAGGAGGUUUUCUUUCAAACACCUGCCACCUAAAUCCACACCUCACAGAUAUACACACAGGUCUUUAAAGCACAUAACACGGCAGAUUUGUUUACACCUCCUGGCCAUUGGCUGAGGUGCAGACUCGUACAUGUAAUCACGGUACGAGGGGGCAGCUAGUGUGACCCGGUCACUCCUCACUUUCCCCUGCAAAAGCACAGGUGGCUCGGUUUAAUGCGGCAUAGGUGGCCCUUCAUUUGCCUUUCCUAGAAAUGUGUCAUACUUCUCAGGCCUGUUUCACAUGCAACAGUGUUUCACAAUUGGACAUAUUUAUAUUAUUGCAUAUGUUGCAGCAUUUACAUUGAGCAUGUGUUUGUGUUACAGAAGCAUUGCUGCUAGUUUCUGUGCGGUGCCUAUUCUCGCCGAAAAUAUGUUGAAUCUAUUUAUCAGCACAGUAGUUUGCAUUAAAGUCUCAAACACACAAGCUGCCAGUCACUAAUUCAUAGUUGUUCUUAAAAGAGAUGGUCAAUGUAGUAAUCCAGAAAUCACUCUUGUGAAAGUGUAACGUUUCACGGCCGUGCACACGUGUGUUGUGAAACAGGUCUUCUGAUGCAGCAACGUGUGCUCGCUUUUUACUUUUGCGUUUUUCUUCAGCUGGUCUGUUGUAGCGCAACUUUAGGCUAUCUAAUUACUAACAGCAUAAAAAAACUCCCAGAUAUCAACCACAGAGCACAGUCAUGGGAAUAAGCGUGAUAUUGUUUUAGCUGUUAGCUAUUCGGACUUAAGGCUAUAUUCGGAAGCAUCCUACCGUCAGGAUUGUAUUACUGUAUUAGUCUAAAUGCAUAUCGUUAAGUAAUUUUUAUAUCAAAAUUUCCUACACUUGUUACCUUCACGUGUAUAAGAAUAGAUAAUUCAAUCAAUAUCACUAGUAAUGUAUUGAUGUUUGUAUGCGUCAAAAUACUUUUGAUAAUUUACUGAGCGUUCAGUAACCAAUGGAAUGUACCAACUUCUCACCGAAACCCAAAUGUAUAUGGCCCAAACAGUUUGCAAAAACAGGACAGGACUGACAUACACCCAGCACACAUAUACACUGAACGUGUGAAAUCCCCAUGUAUUUAGUCAUAUUUUAGCUGUUGUGUUUGAAUGUGAAAUAUUGUAGCUCUCAAAUAGGAAAAGAUGGGAUAUAAUCACAGAAAUACCACAGAAUAGUGCUAUUUUAUUUAGAGUACAGUAAUAAUUUAAUAAAAGCAAUAGCACAACAUGCAUCAUAUAAUAGUAACAGUUUAAAUAUGCUUGUUUUAAAUAUUCACUUUUUCUUUAAAUGCAACAUUUUAAAAAACAAAUUCAUUUGUUCCCCAACCAGACGAGACUUCGGUCAGUUUUGAAUUAGAGCUGGUAAGUCUUGUGUGGGUAAGUUUUGUGUGGAAAUGCAAUAAAUAGAAAUUUGAGAGAAACAAAACACCAUGCAAUGACAAAACAUCAGAUGGCCUUUAUUUUUCUUUGAGCUUUACAUAUGAUCGUACACACACAAGCCCCUUUCCACACCAGCAUCAUCCAGUUCAAACAACUGACAGCUGGGAUUUAACGCUAUUAACGUUAUAUUGAGUAAGUAAAAGCAGAGAAUCUUCCAUAUUAUUUAUGUUUAAUUAGUUUGCAGAACAUAAAACCCUUUAUUUGUGAUUAAAGUCAACAUGAAAUCAAAAUGCAUAUUUCAUCUCACUGCAAUAAAUGCAUAUGCAAUGACUUUUGGCUGAUUUCAACAAGUUCUCCUUUUCAGACCCUUUUCUCUAAUUAUCUGACUUGCUUAUAUGUAUACUUUCAUAAUUUUGAAAGACAUGACAUUAUUUACAGAAGCGAGAUUAGUGUUUCAUGUUGACUUUAACCAAGAACACCUCGUAAUAUGAUUUCUCACACUCACAUGUGCUGCAAAAUAUUACAUUUAUCAAAGCAAUGUCUCAUAGUGAGCGAAGAUAUUACAGGGAGGUCUCAUUAAUCCGAAUCCAGUGUAAUAAUCCAUAUAGUUUGUCUUUCUUAACUCCAGACGUAGCUGCAUUUAUUAUUUCUCUCUUUUUUUUGCGCUGCUUAAAAAGCAUCAGAAUCUUCUUCUGAAGUCCAAAUAUGUGUCUCUUCAUGCCAGCCUGCUUCCCAGGUUCAUCGACAGCCAGUCAUCAAUAUGUUGUGAGGACUCAUAUUUUAGUUCAGUUUAAGUUUGAAUUCUGCUCAUCAAAGUCAAGCGGAGCUCGUCAGCUGUGUUCGAAUCUCAGUUGUCUAUCAUAGAGAGAAGACAUGUUGAGCCACGAGAGAGCAUCUGAUUCAAAUAAACCAGGCUCGAUUUUCUUGGAAGCCAUCAAAAGUUUAUUUUCUAUUCUGUUUGGUCUGAUGUCACCAUUUGUGGGCGGAGCCCUGAUAUUUGCACAAGAUUGCAUACCACUUCCAUCAGCUCUUUUCAGAUAGAUGUCAAAUGCAACAUCUACAUGCCUCAUCCACUUCUGCUUUUUUAGUCCUGUUAAUUUGUCUGAGCCAUGAGGCAGCAGUUAAUGUAUGUUCUGUAGACGUCUUGGAGUCAGGGUGCUCACCCGAGUAUCACAGGUUCCCCAGUACCUUCACUUUAUCUAUUAGGCAUUAAUCCAAAUUUUGGUCUUUUACAAGCAUUCUUGUUCUGUGAAAACUGAUCAUCUUCUUGAUCUUGUUUUAGCAUUGUAGUGUGGACUGUGAAACUGAGGUAUUUGAAGACAAUGAAGCAUGUUUAGUCAUGUGGCACAUAUUUUACGGAUAGAGAUGUCGUUAAACCUACAUUUAACUGUUGUGUGCUGUUCAAAUCCACAGUGUUGCUUAAGAUAAAUGUCACUUUGUACAAUCUUCCAAUAUUUCAUUCCUGCAAAGAUGACAGAAAAUGUACUCGCAAAUGCUGUUCUUUGGCAAAAUAUGAGGACAAUUGUGUUUUAGAGCAAACAUAUCAUGGUGAGUGAGUGUGACCUGGACACAACAGUAAGUAGUGAGGUAAUUUGAUCAUAAAAAGGUCCAUGCCAGAAAAAUAGUGUGAGAAUUUUAUUUUGUAUGGUCUCUCUAUGGUGGAUCUUAGUAAGCUUAUUGUGCAUUUUCAGCAAUAUAAAUUUUUACACAUUUUUUAGAUGUUUCAAACCCUAUUUUCGACCAUUUUUCGUAUCUGGAUUAAUGCAGACAUAACCAAUGUAGAAAUCUAGACUGAAAUCAUAACAUUGGCUCCGAAAUCUCACAUUUCACUGUUGCCUCUGAUAAAACACAAUUUUAAAACAAAAUGUUGUCACCAAUAUCUAGGAUUUUUUAUGUUUAUUUAUUUAUUUUUUCAUUUAAUAGAUAAAUGGCUAGAUUCACAGAUUCUGGAAAAAAAUUGCAUUUUUAAUUUUAGACACUCACUAUGUAACAGAUGGAUGACCAUUAGAUUUAGUCCUAAAGGGACAUAUCCCUGCAAAAAAACACUGAUGUACACUUUCAAAUGUUGGUGCUUUUUCAAUACAAGAAGACUACUUAGUAUUUUUUUGAAACAGUUAAGUGGUGGGAUAUUUAUCCUGUCAUGAAGGAAAGGGACUUGUGUGCAGGACUCGAGUUGGAAAUUCAGUUUGCAAGCUUGCGAUGUAAGUACAGAAAUAUAGAUCCAGUUUCAGCUUGAGCAAGCUUGCAGAAUGGAUUGCUGAAGUGAAUGUUUUCUCCACGUCUCUGAUCCCCCCUGCAUAUAGCCGGGGCAGAUGGGGACGGCCGUCAUUUGAGCUGGCUCACGUAUGAGCCGAAGCGCUGAAGAUCCCAUACACUGAACCAGCAACAGAGCCAUGUUUAGGUUUGAAAUGUAUUUAUGUAGAAUGUACUUUCAUAGAAGAGCUAACUGCAUCUUUUAAGACACAUCCAAAUACACUGAUAUGAAUUAAUUACCUAUAUUAUAAAAAAAAUACUCACGUGAUUUGUGUGUUAAUUUUUUCCUCCUUUAGGGGUGCUAAUGUCCAUUUUUAUGUUUCUUUAUUAUUAUUAUUAAUAUUAUUUUGAAUCUUCAUGAGCAUGGCAAAUCCUUGCUUGUGUGCUCUUCCAUGAUUCUGUAAAUACUUCUCUAGAGUCGGACUGCAAGUGAAAGCAGUCUGCGGGAUCCUCAGUAAUCCAUGUCACAACUUUUAUGUAACUUGACAAAUGAUAUAUAUAUAUAAAAUAUAUAAAGAUUUAGAUUUGAGAUAUUAUAAAGGGUAACAAUAUCAUGUGAAGUGGUGAUUGUGCACAACUGUGAGCAAGCAGUGCUUGAACAUGACAGCAGUAUGGUAUCAUAUUACAAACUAUUAGUUGUGAAAAUACUAUAGUGUUUUUUCUGUCACUUAAUUGCCAUAAUUUAUGCUAUUAAAGUAAAGUGUGAAAUAUCUAUAAAGUGUAAACUUUUUUUUUCUCUUUUAUAAAUAUAUCAAGACAUUAAACUCUUUUUGAUAUGUGG